GUUUCGGCCUGAAUGCCGUGAACAACGACCGUACAGUGGCGAAAGAUGUUUGUACACGCAAUGAUAUUUUUGCAAAAAAUUAUUUAAACUCUAUGCUGAAAGGGUCUUCAAUAACUAUUUCUAAUGUAUAAAUGAACCGGUGAUUUGAAAUGUCUCGUAGAGUUCAAACGAUACAAUGAAUUCCUAACCUAUCCUGAUUCCUGGAAGACGCUACCUCGGAUAUUUCGUGAUCCUAGGUUAGAAUGGCCGUUGAAUAUUCACUUAGCAGAGUUCUAGGACUCGUGAUUUUAUUCAUAAUACAAGCGAACGCUGACUCCACGAGUAACGGAUCGAUCGUUAACUGCAGGGUCGGUAAACCGCUGCGAAAACAAAUCGAGGUAGAGCCGUUGAAUGGUUCGUGUUUACGUGACAUCGUUAAUCAAGUGUCAAAAACUCUUCGUAACGUCGGCAACGAGGAAUUGGGAAUAACUUCUUUCCAAGAAACCCUCGACCGUCUCGAGUUCAACCGAGUUCGUGACGAUUUGAAUGUGAAACUCAAAUCCCUGGCCGACAAACUAAAUGCUAAGCUGCAAUCUUACGUUGAUUUUAUCACAAGGUCUAAUGACCUGGUGCAGCCAAUAUUAAUUGCCAAAAGUUCGAACGAAAUUUAUUCAAAUCUGCCUCGUGCUUCAGACAUAUGCGAUGAAAUUCAAAGAGUGUUGACGAACUCCGAAUUAAAGCAUCUACACAUUCUACCAACCUCUCAUCCAGGCAAAAUAUGCGGACCACCGAGCCUCUCUCAAAACACUGGGCCUUUGUUGUUGUCCCGAUGCAAAGACCCCAAGAAAGUUUUGUUGCUUAUUGAGCAUGGAAUCUUUAUGUCCGAAAGGGAUGUUGGCUUGGCCCAGCUAACAUCUAAAACCCUAUUGGACAUGCUCUCGGAUAGCGAUUAUGUCGGCAUUGUUGGACUUACUGACCAUGGAUCAAUACAUUGUCCAGAUCACCUUCUCAGAGCUACGGAUGUUAACAAAAUUCAAUUAACCAGGCACAUUGACUCUAUUAUCCGAACUGGUUCCAAUCAGUCGCUCAAUUUAGACAUUAAAUCCUUGACCACAAAUUUGACUGGUGAAAUAAUAUUGAUACAUUUGACAAAUACACUGAAGGAUAUCUCGAAUAUCAAGCAUAUCCGCAAUAUUAUUUCCACGGAACAACUGAUUCCCCGCUUAUGCACAAUUUUAAUUUUGUCAGAUUUAAAGCUCAAACUAGACAUUAAGGAAAUCGCAACUAACGAGACAAUUGUGACACUGCCGACACAAAAUAUUCUUAGUUUUGAAAUAGCCAAGUUAUUCUCAGGAAUAAAAUGUACCGAACCCAACACAAGCAAUUAUUAUUUAUCUGAUCCGUACUACGAACCUCGUAGCAAAUCAAUGAGCAUAUCUAUUGGGCAAAUAACGAAAACAGCUCUCCUUACCUUGGAAAUAAAGUUAAAGGACUUCGUCGAAGAUAUAACAUACUUCGAUGGCGGUUCAAAAACGUACGCCAUACUUUUUGAUAAAAGACGCAAUGUUUGGAUGCAUAAAAGUUUUCCUAGACCCGAAGUCAUGACUGAGCAGCCCUUGAAAGUUUCGCUGAAAAAUAUUGAAAACAUUGAUGAAAAUUCUACAUUGAAAAUGAUUAACGAAUUAUCGGAAGGUGAUGCUAAUUUCACCACCAUUUUAGGCCGAACGAAACAAUUCAGAUGGAAGCAUCUUGCAUACGGAGAUUUGAUUAUAUGCAUUGUGUCAGAAGGAGUGCAGGAGUCAUUAUCACUCGUUAAGACGACAGCUUCCUUGCCUCCAGAUCUCCUGCAUCAUCGGCUUGAUUUGCUGCUACAAUCGGUCAUCGAUAAAGAUACUCUGUGUUCCAAUCACAAUAGAAUAGUAGCUUUGCAUACUGGCGUCGUUUAUCUCUCACCAUGGUGCUUUAAAUCGCCUACCGAACAGCUGCAUCUCCUAGAAACCGAUUCUGCAAUCACAGUCCAGAGUUACAUGGCAUACAUCAAAGACCCUACGAGAUUAUUGGUCAAUCGCGUUCUUCACCCAUCUGUCAGACCCGACGUUGCCAUGCUGUCUCAAAUUUUGGGCCACUUCCAACAACGUCAUUUGCAUAGCACGUUGAACAAAUUUAUUGUCCGAAGGUAUGUCGUCGCGGUAGUCAGUGGAGUAAUGGAAGUUUAUCCUGGAACAGUGCUGGACACUGGUUUGGAUCCAAAGAGAAGAUCGUGGUACGGAAAGGCAUUGGAGCAUCCAGGAAAAGUAACGCUAACAUCGCCGUACCUGGACGCAGGAGGUGCUGGUUAUGUCGUGACGCUCUCUCACACGAUAUUUGAGGGUCGUUCGGCGGCCCUUCAUUCUAGCAACGAUCCCGUCUUGGCAGUGGUAUCGAUGGAUGUAACGAUGGGAUAUUUUGCUAGGCUAUUACUAGAAAUGUUUUCGUUUUGUGGCGACAUUAAGGUAAAGUGUUUUCUCAUGGAUGACAAGGGGUACUUGAUAUCUCACCCAGCGCUAUUCGAGGUCCAAAAUAAAGUAGAGCAACAGCAUUUAACCCAUGUGGAACCUGUCGUUGCCAACGACAUACUUAACCAUGAAUUUUUCGUGGAGAAAAAACUCUGUGCCAGCCACCUUGAUGGAACUAUACAGAGAUAUUACCAAUUCAAUACCUCCCUUGAAGAAGUGCUCACCAACAUCGUUCACGGGGAACAUUGUGUCAAGUAUCAGGUUGCUGUAGUGCCUGGGACCAACAUUUUCCUUGGUCUCGUCAAUGCCACCUGUAACGUACUAUCAGCUUUUUGUCCCUGCAGUACGAUGGAUAGACUUUGUUUGAAUUGCAAAAGGAUGGAGCAAACUGAUUGCGAGUGUCCAUGUGAAUGCCCGUUGUAUUCGGACAGCUGUGGUCAAUCCGACAAUAACGAACUUGAAGCUUGCCAUGCUCUUUACGAGCACGGACCAAGUUUACAACCAUCUUGGGCGUAUCCUGCGACUUUAAAAAAGUGUCCAUCGUUUGAUUGUAAAUCCUUCGAGAGUGCAAGGGAAUGUCUUGGCGUAAUAGGAUGCCAAUGGUGCCACAUAGACAGCGAUGCCGAAACUCCACUUUCCACACCAUACUGCUCCGAACAGACGUCAUGCUUUAAGGGAAUAUUUGGCUCUUUGACUCCUUAUGGCGACGGGACUUAUCAUUCUCAUUCGGCAGACGAGAUGGGAGUUCGCGAAUGGCCAUCAGUGGGACCGGUAGCAGGCGGUAUUCUUACACUACUGCUCGUUCUGGGAAUAAUCUUGUACUGUUACCGCCUUAGAUCAGUGCAAUCCGGGUUGGAGCACCAAUGUCUCCAUAUGCACGCUUCUCCAGAAACCCUGAGAAUGUCGCAUUUGGAAGGAGAUGUAGAGCCGAUGGAAAUCGACCAGGCAAAAAGCAACCUAAACUCUCUUCUGCGCGAUGGAGUGGCUCCUAUAUCGCCGUACCGAGUUUCAACGAAUUAUCGAAGACCUCCGGGAGGCGACAGCGACCAUGGCUACAGCACCAUGACGCCACAUGACGACUCCGAGCAACAAACGUUCGCCGAACCAUUGCUGGUCGUUGGUGGAAGCAGCGAACCUGAGCUCCAGAAACAAUCCGUGAGGCCCCCUUCACCGACAACACGGCUGGGGUCGCCUCAUCACGUCUUAGCGCCGGUCACAGUCCAUCGGAACAUGGAAACGAACUAUUGUUAGUAAUCGAUCUUUUGAGGAAAUGUGCCUAGAUGCCACGGAUUGAAUUCUUAAAAUGGUUAAGUAGCCGUCAUUUCUUUACUUAUCCACUUAUUUAAAAUUUCAGUAAGUGCAUUAAUUUGAUUCACUUGUCUGUUUAUUUGAGGUGUAGGUAAAGACGUAGCCUUUUCUUGAAGGAGGUACAUGCCGGUAGACGGUUGAAAAAAUAGGUCAACUCCAAUAACUUAUAUCUCGACAACUAAUCAUUCGAUUCGUUUGGGUAUCGAAAGUAUGUAGACCGAGCUUCAGUUGAAUAAUUUUUUUAUACCUAACAGAAUCAAUAGAUGCCAAUUAAAAAAGAUGAGAAUAAAGCUCAACCUAAAUACUUUCGAAUAAAUGAAAGCACAAUUAAAUUCGGUGAUUGUUUUUUGAGACUCGAUUUCCGAAAGUUUACCCACUUUUUCAGCAGUCCACUGGUUUGUACCAUCUUAAGGAAUAUUUUAAGUUAUACAAGGUGAGCAGCUAUAUUUUUGUAGGUAUCGUAGCUGUAUAAGUAAUUUACUGUGUUUGCUAUCACAUACCUUCAAAAAAAUUAUGCCCACAAUAUUUAUCUUUUCUAAUUUCGUUUAACCGUAACAGACUCAAUCCUUAUGUAGUACAUAGUACGAUUUGCCAGUGAUUAUGAUUUUGACAAACGGAAUUUUCACACUGAACACAACAAAGUGAGGAAAACUGAGAAAAAAUUUUAUUUUACAGAAAAUUUGAUAGACAAAUUUUUUUUAAACCAACUAGAAUCGUGAUGCAGAGUAAGAUUCAAUUCCUAAUUAGUUGUUAUCAAUAUUCGUGUUUCCAAAGUUCUCUUGCCCGAAAUUCGAAGUGGCUAUCCCUUGAGCUUUAUUCUUAAACACAGUAUUUUCCCAAAUUUUGAACCAAUGUCGAAAACUUAUUAGAUACUGGGCGACAAUUCAAAACUUGAGAAUUUUUAAUUUAAAAUUCUAUCAAAAUAAACGUCCGAUAUAUUAGCAAUAAGAAGAUUCAGAGAUAAUUCUUUAUAAAGUACUGAGCUGCAAUUCUAGUAUUAGAUUGAGUUGUCAAAAACUGAAUGCAGGUUCUGCGUAAGCAGAGUGGCAGUUUCCUGUGAUUCUCUCAUUAGUUUGAAGUUGCCAAAAUGUACAAAUCUUAUUUCUAUACAAGUUACAACAAGAUGUAACUAUUUACUGUCUAUUAAACCGGUGCAAGCUAAUAGAAAUAACGAUAACCCUACAGACUGAAAUCUGAAUUGAGUAGCUUUUCUACAUUUGAGAUAUAAAUUUAAUACUAUUUAUUAUCGUAUUUACACUAGAUAUGGAGUAUAAACUUUACUUUUAUACAUACACGUACAAGGUGAAUAAUGGAAAGUAUCUAUUUUAAUAAUACGCAUAAGUAUAUCUAAGAGAAUUCAAUGUUUCGUUUAUAGGAAUCAGUUUUGUUCCUAACAAUUUACUCGUUCGAUUCCAACAACUGUGGUUGGUGAAUUUACAAUACUGAAUAUUAUUUGAGUUGUAUUACAUUUUAUAUUUUAAGAAUAGUUGGUAAUUCAUUCUU